AUGAGCGAAAGAGCGGAGAAACUCGGGCUCUUCAACCCGGACAUUCUCGAAUUGGUGCUAUCGAAGUUGCAGACUAGGGAUUUGCUCCGGAUGAAAUGCGUUUCCAGAAGUUGGCGGGACCUCAUCCGCAACCGGUCAUUCGCGCUGCGACAUUCGCGGCAGAGGCCGCCGCCGCUGUCCGGAUUCCUGUUCCAAAAGAACCUUGGGUGGACGGGGUUGGAUGUCUCUGACGUGAGUUACAUUUUGGCUGAGAGGAAAGAAGAGGAACUACCAAGGCUUCUCAACAACAUUGUUGAUUCCAUUCCUGCCGAUCUCAUGAUGGUCUCUUCCUGCAAUGGCUUGAUCUGUGGCACCCGCUGCUCCUUUCAAAAUGAUACCUUGGCUAUCCGUGUAGGGAACCCUUUAACUAGAGAAGGGUUCCACUUCGAUUGGAAACGUUGUGGCGGCAGAGUGAUUGCCGUUGGACUGGCUUUCGAUCCUUGUCACGAUCUUACUAAUAAUUCGACGAAUUUCAAGGUGGUUCUGGUGCAGGAGGAAGCGGGCAGCGAUGGCAACGUAUGGCUUGCGUUUCAUGUGUACUCGUCCGAGACGGGAACUUGGAGGCUUUCAGAUGUAAAUGAUGGGUUUUUGCUGCUGAAUGUGUCCGGCGCUAUUUACUUGCUCAACACAAGGGAUGGUGGAUUCCGCCGCAUUGCCGAUGUAGCGGCGUUUGGUACCAAGGACGAACCUCUUUCCGGUGUUGUACUUCCGUACUCCAUGAGUUUGGUCCCUUUAAAUCGUCCGUGA